CACACGGGGAGGUCAGGUAUACACACAUGACCUUACAGUACACACCUGGCUUGCGCUACCUGUGGAAUACGUAAUUAAGGGACUCGCAAGGUAACUGGAACAAGGAACCUUAAAAAAGAAAAGAAACUAAGACCCGAAGAUCUUUUAUGACGGACAGAUUUGAAAGAACCACAUAACAGCGUAAACAAAGCCCAGAAAAUAACCUUAAGCAGCCUCUCCAUUAAAGCUCUGUUGAUCCCAAGAGCAGCGGAGAGGAACCAAAGAAAAAAACAACAUAUUCAAUUCACUGAAGGGUCAAACGAAGAAGAGGAGAUUGAGGGACACUAACCUGCCCACCACCACCACCACCACCACCACCACGAUCACCACGUCAAGACACCCUCCUCAACACCCCCACGCUGGAAGGGGCGGCGGGAUGGCGGCGGCGUGGCGGCUGGCGGCUGUGGCGGCGCUGGCGGUGACCGUGACGGCGGCGGCGGCGGUGGAGGAGCCGCCCCUCUACGACGAUGCUGGAGGGCAGGCGGCGCCGCCCACCUUCCUGAGCGGCGUGAUGGCGGGCCUCAGCACGCUGCCCUUCAUCGGGAACGUGCUGCGCGCUUCCGUCCACCCCCUCUACCAGCCCCUCGUCAGCCCCCUCCAGCCCAGGCCCAUAAGCCGCGAGGGGGAGGAGGUCGGCGCCGAGCGGUGCUUCGGGGAGCUGGGCUGCCUGCCGCUGCCGGAGAGCUUCUUCCACCCCGUGCACCGGCCGCUCAACCUGCCGCCGUACAGCCGCGAGGAGGUGGGCGUCGUGUUCACGGUGCACUCCCGCGAGGACCCGGAGGGCGCGCCCGUGGCGGCGCUGAAUGUGGAGGCGGCGCUCAACACGUCCUUCACGCCGCGGCGGCCCACCAAGUUUAUCAUCCACGGCUUCCUCGACCACACGGGCGUCACCUGGAUGCUGGACAUGGUCCGCGCCCUCCUGGCCUGGCGGGACCUCAACGUGGUCACCGUGGACUGGUCGGGCGGCUCCCAGACGCUGUACUCGCAGGCCACCGCCAACACGCGCCUCGUCGGCCUCGAAGUCGCUCACUUCAUCAACUUCCUCAAGGACGAGGUCGACCUCGAGCCGCGAGACGUGCACAUCAUCGGCCACUCGCUGGGCUCCCACACGGCAGGGUACGCCGGGGAGCGCGUGCCUGGCCUGGGCAGGAUCACGGGACUGGACCCCGCCGAGCCGUUCUUCCAGUUCAUGUCGCCCAGCGUGCGCCUCGACCCCUCAGACGCCCUCCUCGUCGACGUCAUCCACACCGACGCAGACUCCAUCUUCAACCUGGGCGCGGGCUUCGGGCUGCGGCAGCCGGUGGGCCACAUCGACUUUUACCCCAACGACGGGCGGAGCCAGCCGGGCUGCGACUCCCUGGCGCGAGUGCCGCUCACGGCGCUCACGGACGGGGCGAGCCUGCUGGAGGGCCUGGACGCCGCCCAGAAGGAGUUCAUCGCCUGCCACCACAACCGAGCCGCCAAGCUCUUCACGGACUCCAUCCUCGGCCGCUGCCCCUACACGGCCUUCCGCUGUCCCUCCUACGCGCAUUACCUCAAGGGCGAGUGUGUGGACUGCGGACAGCAAAGGAGCGGUUGUGCCAGACUCGGGCUUCACGCCGACGUCUGGCAGGGCGACAACUUAACGCAGGUGCCACUCUACCUGUCCACGGGGCAGGGGCCACACUACUGCCUGUACCACUACCUGCUGACGGUGGAGGUGGCGGACCCUGCGGGCGUUGGGGGCAGCGCUCACGGCCGCCUGCAGGUGUCCUUCAUCACGGAGGACGGUGAGAUCAAGGACUUUGACCUUUCGCAGGACCGUCCUCUGGUGCUGCGGAGGGGCCAGGCUUACUCCUUCUUCCUCGAGCACCCGGAGGACCUGAGUUUGAGCACGGAGGCGCUGGUUCAGUGGCGCUACGAGGCCGACAUCUUCAACCCCCUGAGCUACUGCGUCCUCUUCUGCGACACCAGCCUCGCCCUCACCCGCCUCACUCUCGCCAGCGUGGACACGAGAGCGGGGGCGGCGGCAGGAGGGGCGGCAGGGGUGGUUCAAAGAUUGGAGGAGGAGAAAGAGGAGAGCGAGAAGGAGGAGGAGGAUGAAAAAGAGACGGUGCUGUCGGCCAGGAAGGAAGAUACCAAGGUGAAGGAAGGGAAGGAGAAGGCGACGACGAGGACGACGAAGGACAAGGACAAGAGAGAAGAGGAAGAAGAAGAGAAGGAGGCAAAAGUGGCGGCAGAUGAUGGUGUCGUGAUAAUGUGCCACAAGCAGGGACGGCCCGUGGUGGUGGUUGAGAGUGAGGCAAUGGUGAAGGUUGUGUCAUCGCCGCUCUGUCCCAACACCACCGCCGCCAACUACGCCUCCGCCGCCCCUCCCCUCUCCGCCGGCGACUCUGCAGCCACCGCCACCCACAACUUCACGAUGGAACUGGUCAACGCAGGACUCGAAUCUCUCUCCUCCGUCCUCUCCGCCAUUACGUGAAGAGUGCAAAGUUAACGUAUUGUCGCCAUCAUAUUUUUCUUCUUCAUUCUAUCGCUAAUACGCGACGAUAAUAGACGAAUAUGAAGUCCGUUAUUUAUCAUAUAUUACACGUAGGGUCAUAAAAAUUAUAUAUAUGUCUUUCCUUAUCUCUUUCUUUUAUUUUUUAUUUUUUACUUCAUCCUAUUUAUUGCUUUAAGUGUGUGUGUGUGUGUGUGUGUGUGUGUGUGUGUGUGUGUGUGUGUGUGUGUGUGUAGGUGAAAAUGAAUUGUACGAAGGGAGGGAUGAAAAUAAUGGCGAAAUGAUGAUAGUGAUGAUAAUAAUAAUGACUAAAAGGGCAAGUGAGUGUUGAUAACGAUGCACCGUAAGAGGGGAGGAAGAUAAAGGGAAGAAGGGGUGGUGAUGAUAAUGGUGCCUGUAGAGAAAAAUCAGUAAUGGACCGCAUUGGCUAUACAGGCAGCGACACGUGUGGCCACUCGACUGAAGGCUGUCCUUUCUAUAGAGUUCAAGUUAUAGAGUAGAAUCCGUCCGCCGUCUGAGGCUGUAUUAGGGAUACACGGCCAUGGUGCCGCCAUCGCUCCAAGCCGAUGAUUGCACACACUUCACUCCUACCCGAUUUCAGUUUUUCUCCAUGUCAAAUAGUAGUCAGGAAAUCGGGUAGGAGUAAAGUGCGUGCAGGCGUUGGCUUGGAGCGGUGGCGGUAACACGGCCCUGUAUCCUGGAGGCAGCCACAGACUGCUCAGACGCAAUGAAGUACAGAACUUGAAUUCUAUGGAAAGUACUGCUUUGACAGUUCACCGACUGGCCACGUGUGGCGCUGCCUGAAUAGCCAAUACGGUCCAUUGUAAAUGAAUUAUACGUACUGUAACCUAUAACUAAGGAGAUAAAGAAAGGAAAGAUUGCUUGUGUGUUGAUGAUGAUUGUAAGACGAUAAAAAGAAAGGGAAGAAGAAAUUAUGAUGAUGAUGAUGAUGAUAAUGAUGGUAAUGUCUAGAAAAUACUGUGGUUUGUAGAUAAUGAUGUAUAGUUAAAAAUAAGGCAUAUUUCUUUAUAGUAAUGAUGAUGAUGAUGGCUAAAAUCAGUUUGUCAUGAAUGAUAAACAUACGUGUAGGAUGAUAACCUUUAAUAAAUACAUAGUUUUUAAUCCAUAUUUAUAUUAUUAGGCCACGUACCGGAAGUAGCUCGGUAUACAUGAGAAAGCAUAGUAGGCUAAUCACCCGUCUAGUGCUAGUGUGAGACAGGAAAAAAAGAAAACCACUAAUGAUGCUGAGAAACUAAAUGACAACUUAGGUAAAUUACUAUUAUUUUAACUAUUAUGAUUAUGUUAUUAUUUAUUUUAUUGUUAUCAUAAUAUUUGCAGCAGCUUCUCAUUAUCUUAUCCAUUCCAUUUCAGUCACCCUCGUGUGUCCCAUUAUUGUGUUAUGUUCCGCGCACCACCAAUAAAAGGUUUUAAUUAAA